AUGUAUGCUCUCGUACUCUUAUGGGACGAGGACUGCGUUGGACGCGAGUUAGCAUUGGCUCAGAUGAAACGGCGGAUUGCUUUGAUAUUGGCACGAUUCAACGUUGAGCCGGUGGACGAUUGUGAUCCCCGUCCAUCUGGGUUAUUUGCUACCGGCCCACCAUCUGAUCUCUUAGUUCGGUUCACAAAGUUGACUGUUUGA